AUGUUUCUUGCAAAAUUAUUUCAUCGGAAUAAAAUUCCGGAGCCAGAAUUAAAAUCUUUAGAGAAAGAAAAUAAUACAUUAUCUCCACCAGAAAGAUUAGAAUUUUCAAAUCAAAAUUUAAUUUAUCCAUUCCAUACCGAAAAAGCAACGAGUUUUCCUCCUCCACUUUCGUUAGAUGCAGCAGUGCAUGCUAAUCCUCAUACUGUGAUCGCAACAAAGAAAGAAAAUAGAGAUAAUAGGAGGGAAAAUUACGACAUUAGAAGAGAUAUUAGAAGAGAAAACAAUGAUAUUAGAAGAGAAAUCAAGGAUAUUAGAAGGGAAAAUAACGAUAUUAGAAGAGAAAAUAAUGAUACUAGGAGAGAAAAUAACGAUGCUAGGAGGGAAAGCAAGGAUAUUAGGAGGGAAAACAAUGAUAUUAGAAAGGAAAGCAAGGAUAUUAGAAGAGAAAACAAUGAUAUUAGGAAGGAAAUCAACGACAUUAGGAAGGAAAUCAAUGAUAUUAGGAGGGAAAAUGAUGUUAGGAGAGAAAAUGAUGUUAGGAGAGAAAAUGAUGUUAGGAGGGAAAAUGAUAUUAGGAGAGAAAAUGAUAUUAGAAGAGAAAAUGAUGUUAGGAGGGAAAAUGAUGUUAGGAGGGAAAAUGAUGUUAGGAGAGAAAAUGAUAUUAGGAGGGAAAAUGAUGUUAGGAGAGAAAGCAACGAUGUCAGGAGGGAAAGCAUCGAUGUUAGGAGGGAAAGCAUCGAUGUUAGGAGAGAAAGCAACGAUGUAAGAAGGGAAAUUAAGGAUAUUAAGAGGGAAAUUAACGAUAUUAGGAGAGAAAAUGACAUUAGAAAGGAUGAAGUGAAAGAUGAAGUCGAAGAUGAAAUCGAAGAUGAAAUGGUGGAUGAAAUCGAAGAUGAAAAAAUAUAUUUGAAUGAGUAUAAUAUUUGCAAUUUGCAAACUUGUCCAAAGAAAGAAUACAUUCCUCAAAUUUGUGAAAGUCCUUUAAUAAAAGAAGUUGUUAAAUGUGAAUCAGAUUGUAAAAUCAGUCCUAUAAAAUUAACACAAAUGAUCAAUAGUUCGAUUAAAGAAGCGAUGCAGACUAUUGUGGAACAAUGUAGAAUGGUAUUUAAGAUGCAAAAAGAAGAAAAGAAUCUUGAUAAGAAGCCAGAAGAAAAGAAUUUUGAUAAUAAGAAGUCGGAAGAAAAGAAUGUUGAUAAGAAGCUGGAAGAAAAGAAUCUUAAUAAAAAUCCGGAAGAAAAGAUUGACAGAUCAGUCUGUUACAUUAAGAAAAUUCCAGUAAAGAUCAAGCGUGAACAUCGAGCACGUGGGACUCAGGCAUGUCAAGAACAUCACAAUAAUCGUGGCAAAAUUACAAAAUCGAAUCGUCUUCAAGAAAAAUAUAACAUUGCUCGUAUGAAUCUUAAAAAAUUACACGAAGAACAUGUGAAACGUUUGCGUAAAAAGAAGAAAGCACUUGAAGAGGAAAAAAAGAAAAUCACGAAACAAUCAAAACGCUCAAAAUCAUCGAAUAAUAUGAAAACUGAUAAUCGUAAAAUGACUGGAAAUGUAAAUAUUUAUAUCUGUUCGGAAAAUACUGAAAAUGCUCAAGAAAAAGGUAAGAAACAAGAAAAACCUCAACCAUGCGCUGAAUCUAGUUCAGAAACAACGACAGAAUCAUCAAAAAUUUCGUCGAGCAAGCUUGUUACUUGCAUUCGAAAUAAACGUAAAAAAUCUGUAGAAAAUUCAUUGGACAGUCUCUCGAAGAAAGACGAAAGUAAUAAAAGUAAUGAUAGCAGCGUUAUAUGCAGUUGUAGUUCCAAAUUUUCAGAUUCAAAAAGCACGAUAAAAGUAGAUAGUAGUGAUAUUCUUGAAAUUUGUCACGAUCUUGAUAAAGAUGAAAAUAGCUCGACAACAACCGAAUCUACUUUGUUCGAAUGUAAAUGCAAAGACCCAAGUAUUAGCGACGUAUGUGUGACAGUUAAAAAAUCUUCCGAUACGCCUUCUGAAAGGCCUAAAUUCAUCAUAUGUGACAAAAUAGAAAAACCUUGCUCCACGAUAUAUCCUAAAAAAAAUUUAUCGGAUUCAGAAAGUGAAGGAUGGUCUUCAAAAUCGACUAACAGCAAUCGAGACAUAAAAUGUUUUCUACCUGAUUCUUGGUCAGAAGAAUUAGAUCCUAAUAUGAAUUAUCAUAUUUGCGAAAGUGAAACGAAACAUAGUAAAAUUAUUAAAAGUUUAUGCAAAUGUCGCAAAAAAGAUCAAAAAUUAAGUAGUAGGUAUAAUAUGCGAUGCAAAUGUUGUCGUAAAAGGCGUUCAUCUAAAAUAAUUGAUAAAGAAUCAUUAUUAAUUUGUAAGUGCAUAACAGAGGAGGAAGAGGAAGAAGAAGAAAAAAAAUCCAUAAAAUGUGUACCAUGUCCAGCAGAACAUUCUGAAAAUAAAUUUAUAAAGUCUGUACCAUGUCCAGAAUAUUCUGAAAAUAAAUUUAUAAAGUCUGUACCAUGUUCAGAAUAUUCUGAAAAUAAAUUUAUGAAGUCUGUACCAUGUUCAGAACAUUCUGAAAAUAAAUUUAUGAAGUCUGUACCAUGUCCAGAAUAUUCUGAAAAUAAAUUUAUAAAGUCUGUACCAUGUCCAGAAUAUUCUGAAAAUAAAUUUAUGAAGUCUGUACCAUGUCCAGAAUAUUCUGAAAAUAAAUUUAUGAAGUCUGUACCAUGUCCAGAAUAUUCAGAAAAUAAAUUUAUAAAGUCUGUACCAUGUUCAGAACAUUCUGAAAAUAAAUUUAUAAAGUCUGUACCAUGUUCAGAACAUUCUGAAAAUAAAUUUAUGAAGUCUGUACCAUGUCCAGAAUAUUCUGAAAAUAAAUUUAUAAAAUCUGUACCAUGUCCAGAAUAUUCUGAAAAUAAAUUUAUGAAGUCUGUACCAUGUCCAGAAUAUUCUGAAAAUAAAUUUAUGAAAUCGGUACCAUGUCCAGAAUAUUCUGAAAAUAAAUUUAUAAAAUCGGUAUCAUGUCCAGAAUAUUCUGAAAAUAAAUUUAUAAAAUCUGUAUCAUGUCCAGAAUAUUCUAGUGACAAAUCUGUUGAAUGUGUACCAUGUCCAGAAUAUUCUGAAAACAAAUUCAUAAAAUCUGUACCAUGCCCGGAAUAUUUUGUCGACAAAUUUAUAAAAUCUGUACCGUGUUCAGAAUAUUCUGAAGAAAAAUACAUAAAAUCUGUACCAUGUCCAGAAUAUCUUGUCGACAAAUUUAUAGAAUGCGUACCAUGUCCAAGCAAAUUAAAGAAAAAAUAUCCUGAAGAAGAAGUAGAUGAAAUAAAAAUAAAAAAAAAGGAGGUGGAGGAAGAGGAAGAGGAGGAGGAAGUAGAGGAAGAAGAGGAGGAAAAAGAAGAAGAAAAGGAAGAGGAAGAAGAAGAAAAGGAAGAAGAAGAAGAAGAAAAAGAAGAAAAAGAGGAAGAGGAGGAAGAAAAGGAAGAAGAGAAAGAAGAAGAGGAAGAUGAAGAAGAAGAAGAAAAAAUAGAAAAAGAAAAAGUAGAGAAGGAAAAAAAAAAGGUAGAAAAGGAAAAAGAAAAAGUAGAAAAUGAAAAAAAAAAGGUAGAAAAGGAAAAAGAAAAAAUAGAAAAGGAAAAGGAAAAAGUAGAAAAGGAAAAAGAAAAAAUAAAAAAGGAAAAAGAAAAAAUUGAAAAGGAAAAAGAAAAAGUAGAAAAUGAAAAAAAAAAGGUAGAAAAGGAAAAAGAAAAAAUAGAAAAGGAAAAAGAAAAAGUAGAAACGGAAGAGGAAAAAGAAGUAGAAAAGGAAAAAGAAGAAGUAGAAAAGGAAAAAGAAAAAGUAAAAAGAGAAAAAGAAAAAAUUGAAAAGGAAAAGGAAAAAAUAAAAAAAGAAAAAGAAAGGAUUGAAAAGGAAAAAGAAAUAGAAAAGGAAAAAAAAAAAGAAAUAGAAAAAGAAAUAGAAAAAGAGAUAGAAGAAAAAGAGAUAGAAAAGGAAGAAGAAAAAGAAAUAGAAAAGGAAAAAGAAAAAGAAAUAGAAAUAGAAAAGGAAAAAGAAAAAGAAAUAGAAAAGGAGAAAGAAAAAGAAAUAGAAGAGAAAAAAAAAAUUCCGCCAAUAAUAAAUGAUCAAUCAAUUUUACCAUCAAAAAUAGUGAGACCUGAAGCAUUUGCACUUAAACAACUCUUGCAACAAACAAAAACUGCACCACCUAUGAUGUUACCUUUUACGCCCAUUUCACCAUAUAUUCCACCGAAAGUUCCAAUAUCGCCGCCGGAUAUUUUAAAAAAAUACAAAGAAAAACCAAGACGAUUAACUGUUGAAGAAAGAAAAUUACUUUUUCCAGAAGAAAAGAUAGUACCUCCUCCAGAAGAAAAGAAAAUACCUCCUCCAGAAGAAAAAAUACCUCCUCCAGAAGAAAAGAGAAUACCUCCUCCAGAAGAAAAAAGAAUACCUCCUCCAGAAGAAAAGAGAAUAUCUAUUCCAAAAGAGGAGAAAAUACCUCCUCCAGAAGAAAAGAGAAUAUCUAUUCCAAAAGAGGAGAAAAUACCUCCUCCAGAAGAAAAGAGAAUAUCCAUUCCAAAAGAGGAGAAAAUACCUAUUCCAGAAGAAAAAAAAAUACCUACUCCAGAAGAAGAGAAAAUACCUAUUCCAGAAGAAGAGAAAAAAAUAGGUAAAACUGAAGAAAUUCCAAAGAAGAAAAAUGAUAAAACAAAUGCUCAAGCAAAUACUAAAAUUGAAAUAAAAGAUGCAGAAAAACAAUUAGUAAAAUUUACUCCCACUAAAAUGAAUCCACAUACGGUGAUGAGAAUAGAGAGAAAUCAGAAAUUUCAACCGAAUCCUUUACUAGAUAAAGAUAUACCUGUUUCGUUAAAUCAAGAUAAAAUAACAACACAUAAAAAUUCUGAAAAGCCUGAAAAGAUACUUGAACCUCGAAAAUCUAAAGAUGUCACUAAAAAUCAAAAAGAAGUAUUAAAAAAACCUGAAAAAGCUCGAGAAUCUCGAGAUAUUGCUCGAGAUAAAGUUCAAAAUGAAGUAAUAAAAAAACCUGAAAAACCUGCCGUUCAAGAAAAGAAAGAAACUAAAAUUCGAAUUAUGGAAAGUAUUCAAAUAUCGAAUGUGUUACUACCGAAAAAAGUAGAUGUAGUUGUUGUUGUAAUGCACCCGUACAGCAAUAUGAUACCGAACCUACAAAUUAUCUCAAAAGUUGUUUAA